AUGCACCACACAAAAGCACCACAGAAAAAUGAGAAGCCAAUCUCAGCUUUCAGAAUUAUUUUACCUGGGAUUUUCAGAGUACUCAGCACUGCAGCCUCUUAUCUGAUCACUGUCAGUGGGAACCUGCUCAUCAUGCAGGCUAUCAAAAUUGACCACCACCUCCACAAGCCCAUGUACUUCUUCCUUGCCAAUCUGUCCUUGGUGGACAUCUGCCUCACCUCCACCACCAUCCCCAAGAUGCUGGUGAACAUCCAGACAUACAGCAGAGUUAUCUGCUAUGCAGGCUGCAUCACAAAAAUGUUCUUCUUUCUGCUUUUUGCAAAACUGGACAAUUUUAUAUUGGCUGUAAUCUACAACCUGUUUGUGGCCAUCUGUCACCCACUGCACUACCAGGUCAUCAUGAAUCCCAGGUUCUGUGUUCACCUGCUUCUGUUGUGUUGGGCCACCAGUCUCCUGCAUGCCCUGUUGAAAAGUUUAAUGGUGCUGCAUCUAUCCUUUUGUCUGCAUGUGGAAAUUCAUCACUGUUUCUGUGAACUGAAUGAGGUGGCCAAGCUUGCCUGCUCAAACAAUUUUCUUAAGGAUGUGGCCAGAUAUAUCGUACCUAUGCUGCUAGCCAUUGUUCCCCUGACUGGGAUCUUGUAUUCCUACUACAACAUCAUCUCCUCAUCCAUUCCAUCUUCUCAUCUCAGGGCAAGCAUAAAGCAGUAA